AAAUUCACAACAACCUAGAUAAAUAAAAUGCCAGCCAAGACUAAGAAAUCCACUGAAAGCAAGGAUAAGACCAAGGAAACCAAGAAGGACAAGGUUACCAAGAAGACCACAAAGGCUUCCGGUGAUGGUGAAGAAGGUGAAAAGGACGACAAGAAGAAGAAGUCUAGACAUGAAUCCUACUCUUCAUAUAUCUACAAAGUCUUGAGACAAGUCCACUCUGAUAUUGGUAUUUCCACCAAGGCUAUGUCUAUCAUGAACUCCUUCAUUCAAGAUAUCUUUGAAAGAAUUGCCAAUGAAGCUGCUCAAUUGUGUAGAGUCAAUGGUACUAAGACUUUGUCUUCUCGUGAAAUCCAAACUGCUGUCAGAUUGAUCCUCCCAGGUGAAUUGGCUAAGCACGCUGUUUCUGAAGGUACCAAGGCUGUUACCAAGUAUCAAACUUCAUCAGGAAAGACUGCUCCAAAGAAGAGAGAGAAGAAGGAAAAGAAGGAAAAGUCUGAAAAGACUACUGAAAGCAAGUAAUUCGAUUACUAACAUGACACAAUUACCUUUUUGUAAAUAUCAUUUACUGGGAUGUGUACUGCAUCCAACCUAGAUUUCACAACUUUUGUAACUCAUUAAAACAAUAACUUAAAUUAU